AUGGAGAACAAACUGGAACAAGAUCAAGAAGCUACGACUGUGCUUUACUCAAAUUUGAGUACACAGAACAUUUCAACCACAGAUAAAAGCUUAUGCUAUAGCCUACAGUGCUACAUGGUUUUGACCACACAAGAGCAGAAAGCUAUCAGCUCAAUUUGCUUUCUAGCCGGCCCAGUGACUUUCCUGGCGAACAUUUUGGUCCUGCUGACCAUUGCGAGCUCCACAGCACUGCGCAGACGCCCAUCGUACCUGUUCAUUAGCAGCCUGGCACUGGCCGACAUGUUUGCCAGCUGUUUCUUCACCAUCAGUUUUCUAGAUUUCCAUCUUCUCAGUCAGAGAGACGAUGCUAACCUCUAUCUCUUCAAGCUUGGUGGCGUCACAAUGGCGUUUACGGGCUCUGUGGGAAGCCUUUUGCUGACAGCGUUGGACCGAUAUCUUUGCAUCUACCAGGCUUCCAAUUACAAGCUGCUACUGACACGCACUAGAGCCAAACUGGCCAUAUUAUUAUUAUGGUGUGUGACAAUUAUUAUCUCAUUCCUUCCUUUGAUGGGCUGGAGGUGCAAAACCUGGUUGGAUCGUCCAUGCUCACGUCUCUUCCCGUACGUGGAUCAUCACUAUUUGGCCAGCUGGACGGGUCUGCAGCUUGUGAUGCUUUUUCUUAUCAUGGUGGCUUAUGCUCUUAUCCUGUGGAAAGCAAAUCGCCAUGAAGCAAAUAUGGGUGGACCAAAGUUAGGGAGGCAGAGCGUGAAAGGACAGGCUCGAAUGCGAAUGGACAUUCAGCUCGCACACACUUUUAGUUUGAUCCUUCUAAUCCUGGCGAUCUGUUGGCUGCCCGUCCUGUCCUUUAUGGUAGUGGACGUCAGAGUGACCCUGACAAACAAACAACAGCGAAUGUUCGCUUUCUGUAGCACACUGUGUCUGGUGAACUCUUGUGUAAACCCUCUUCUCUAUGCCCUGCGCUGCCGAGAGCUGAGGGGAGAAAUGCUGGCAUUGAUAGAAUGUUGCAAGGCAUGCAGGGAACAUGCUUUGGGUCAUACUCAUGGCCAAAUAACUGAUAGCAGUUCUGGCAAAAAGAGCACAAAUCCGGCAGUGAGUGGUAGUAACCCAGAAAUUGUUUCUGGGAGUGCAGACAGGCAGCAAAACAGCAUAUAAAUAAUGUCUAAAAGUCAUAUUUACUUUUCAUUUUGUUUAUGGAAGCACAAUAUAUUGUUGGCCACAUCGGCCGAUAU